UUCGAAACUUGUGGCGGAUUGUGUUGAAUGUGGUGCAGAGAGUUGUUUACAUUGUGUUAGCUGAUGUGUUAAUACAAGUAUCUGCACCUCGAUUUGGAGCUUUCCUCAGAGAAUCCUGUGUAAACAUCUCUAUAAUGAAGACGGUAUCAGCAAGUACUUCGACCACAAAAAAUGCUGACCAACAGGAAAAUCUGAAAAAUGCGAGGAAAUCAUUACACGUACUUCAGCCUGCAGCCAGGGAUAAGGAAAACCUUGUUGGCCCUGGAAGAGAGAUGCCUUCUUCAGGAAAAGACAACUCGAAAAUUAAGAAUGUCAGUGAAAAGGACCAGAAUUUAAAAAAGAAGAAACUCUGCAACAAGAGUGUACAGACAGACCCAGAAAAAGAACUUAUCUCUGCAGAAGACCUAACUUCCACAGAGGAACCCAGUGAAAAUUACUGGAAGGUACUGGCAGAGAGGAGGCGUGUAGCUCUUGAGGAUGCUUUAAAGGAGAAUGAGUUAUUACACCAGAAGAUAUCUAUUCUGGAGGAGGAGAAAGAAGUGUGUGAAGCGAUGUUGGAAGAAACUAAGACCUUGGUUGAUACUUUCAAGGAAAUAAUCAAUGACAGUGGUAAUGUUUCAAUUGAAGAUGAUGACCAGUAGGAGGAAAGAAGACUUUACCUGAUCAUGGAGUUACUCGCAUGACUGUAACACUGUCUUGGUUUGCUGCCUACUUUACACUGAAAUUAAUAAGUGCUCCUCUAAAUUUGCACUGUUUGCAUUAUGUAAAGAUUGUCAUGAACUCGUUAAGUUUCAGCUAAUAGCUUAUCAAGAUAGUUGUUCACAUUCUUUUAAUUUCUGAUGAUCAUUGUGGUGUAUUAUUUAAUUGGUGUUGUGAUAGUUUUAUUAACCAGUUUCAUCUCAUAUUUGUGUGAUUCUUAUACUUUAUUUAUUGCAUAAUUGCUCCAAAAAACUCAGUGUACAUUUACAUGAAUACAGGUUGUAUGCGAAAGAUACAAAGCUGUGCAGUUAUCAACAUGUAUUUUCUUAGCAGAAUGCAAGACAGCUUUAUAUGACAGCAAUCAAAGCACUUUGUCUGAUUGUACAGCGUAACAUGUGAGAAGUUAUGGUCUUUGUUUCAAGCACUUGUCAUAACUGACUGCAAGUAUCCUUCAGUUUUAGAAGUUGUGGCAUACAAGCACUAUUAUUUGUCACAUUUGUUACAGUUAAUUGUAAAGGUUGUUAUUUUAUGACGGGUAAUGAUUUCUUUUAAAAUCGGCCAAUCUGAAUAUAAUUACUUACAGGAAGUAAUUUUGUAAAUUAUCACAUUAGCACAAUUUUUAUUUUGUGCAGAUAAUUAGAAAAUAAUUUUGAAAUUAUUGCUGUACGUGAAAAGUCUUUUUAAUUGGAAUGUCCUGAGGUGAUUUGGGGUGCAUUAGUGGUUUAUUGUAUGAGUGCACACAAUAUUUAUUAAAUUAUGACUGAAGGAUGCAACUUUUCUGAUGUAACCUUUGAAAGAAUGAGACUGGAAAAUGAGUCUUAUGUAUUGAUGUGUGAAAUUUGAGUGGAAAUAUACCAGAAAAGUACAAAACUGAUGUAA